AUGGCCGACAUCUACCAGCUCAUCAAUGUGCCCCUCACCGCGCACGCCUUCAACGCCGACCGCUCUUGUGCGCCUCAUCUUGACGUCGCUUCCGUGUCGCCCAACUCGAACGAGGUCCACAUCUACGCCUUUGACCACGACAAGCUUGUCACGUCGAUCGACUGGGCACCUCAGACCAACCGCCUCGUGACGUGCGCGCACGACCGCAACGCCUACGUGUGGACGCUCGAGGCCCACCCCGAGACGGGCUCGCCCGUGUGGCAGCCGACGCUCGUCCUCCUGCGCAUCAACCGCUCGGCCACGUUCGUGCGCUGGUCGCCCAACGAGGAGAAGUUUGCCGUCGCGUCGGGCGCGCGCACGAUCGCCGUGUGCCAGUACGACGCCGAGAGCAACUGGUGGGUCGCCAAGCACCUCAAGAAGCCGCUGCGGUCGACCGUCCUCGGCCUCGACUGGCACCCGAACUCGGUCCUGCUCGCCGCAGGGUCGGCCGACGGCGCGGCGCGUGUCUUCUCGGCCUUCAUCAAGGGCGUCGACGAGAAGCCUCCUGCUUCGCCGUGGGGCGAGCGCCUUCCCUUCAACACGGUCUGCGGCGAGUUCAUGAGCACGGCCGGCGGCUGGGUCCACGGCAUCGCCUUUUCGCCCUCGGGCGACGCGCUCGCCUUUGUCACGCACGACUCGAUGCUCACGGUCGUCUACCCGUCCGAGGCCGACCAGCCGCCGGCGGCCGUUUACUCGGUCAACCUCGCGUCGCUGCCGUGCCUCACGCUCCAGUGGACGAGCGAGAACGCGCUCAUCGCGGCCGGGCACGACUGCCAGCCGCUCGUGUUCGAGGGCUCGCUCGAAGGCGGCUGGGCCCAGACGGGCUCGCUCGACCAGCGCACGGGCACGUCGACCCGCGCGGCGGCGGGCCCCGGCGCAGGCGGUGUCGGGCGGCUCAACCGCAGCGAGGCGUUCAACAUGUUCCGCGCGGCCGACUCGCGCGGCGUGUCGUCGAGCCCGGCGCCUGCCGCCGGAGGAGCGACGGCGGCGCCGGGCGGCGGCGCGCUCGGCGCGGGCCAGAAGCUCACGAGCAGCGGGACCGAGCUCCUCACGGUGCACCAGAACACGAUCACGAGCGUGCGCGCGUACUCGGGCCCCGCGGGCGCCGUCGACCGCGUCAGCACGACGGGCGUCGACGGCAGGCUCGUCGUGUGGCCCGUCACGGCCGGCGGCGGCGGCGGCGUUGGAGGCGUCACUCGCGGCGUCGGGCAGCUCUCGAUGUAG